AUGGGGGUUAUGAUUUUGUUGGUGCUCUGUUGCAUUUUAUCACAUUUCCUCAUUGACUGCCUUACGUUGAAGGAAAACAAUGACAAAGUGCUAUCAGAAAAUGAUUCAACAAACAAAAUUAAUGAAUUUCACACUGACAAAAUAAAGUCAAGAAAUUUUUUACAUCAAAACUCAGAACUGAUACGGAAUAAAAGACCAUGGGAAAUCAGUGGCCACAUAGCCGGCUCAUACAAAAGUGAUAGCAGUAGCGACAACAAAAAUAACGCCGGCGGUAGUAGUAAAAGUGGGAGUAACAAUGGCGGUGGUAAAAGUGACGGCGGCAAAAGUGGUGGCGACGGUAAAAGUGGUGGCAAAAGUGGUGGAGGAGGUGGUGGCAAAAGUGGUGCAGGAGGCGGUGGCAAAAGUGGUGCAGGAGGUGGUGGCAAAAGUGGUGGAGGAAAGAAAGGUUAA